GCGUCUCGGUGUUUUCAUUUUAUAAAAAUACGUGACCGAUCUUGUGUUACCUGGACUAUUUAACGAUAAUCUUGUUCACCAAGUAAGUGGCUACGUCUACAGUUUAGAGCAUCGAUAUAGAAUUAAACGUCUUCGACUGAAAUAAAUCACCUGACUUCUAAAAGAUAUAAAAGGAAAAAUCAAUCUGUGAUGGAUGUGAAAGAGAAACAUGAUUCCGUAGAAGAAGGGGUUAUUUUUUUUGCAACCGAUUUCUAGAGACAACAAGGAUCACCAACCGUCAUUAAUCAUUCCACCAACUGGUCUUAUGGAACACGAGAAGCCUUCGAAAAAUUACUUGACAUGCAUUAAAACCAACCUUCUUACUAUCCUAAUGUUUCUAGCUGUGGUAUUCGGAAUAGCUCUUGGUUUUGGUCUUCGACAAACUGGGUCUUGGACCCCGAGACAAAUCAUGUAUGUCAAUUACCCAGGUGAGCUAUUUCUCAGAAUGCUACGUUGUUUGAUUCUACCUCUGAUAGUCUCUAGUCUGGUGUCAGCGAUAGGCAGCCUAGACAUUAGACUUUCCGGGAGAAUCGGAGCUCGAGCAGUGGCGUACUACCUACUUACCACCAUCCUAGCCAUCAUCCUAGGAAUAAUUCUAGUCGUAGUCAUCCAUCCCGGGGCAGGAAAUCCUGACGAAAUAGCUCGCAGCAAGAAGAAAGCAAUAGUGUCAACUACGGAGGACACCCUAAUGGACCUCAUCAGAAACAUGUUUCCUCCCAACAUCAUUCAAGCGUGUCUACAACAGUUCACAACUGUACUCGUUCCUCCGAAUUCUGUAGACAACAAUGAAGAUGUAGACAACACGACAAGUUCCAAUAUGACAGAAGAAUCAAAUAAAUAUGACUGGAACAUAAGUAAUAAGUAUAGCGGAGGGACCAAUAUUCUGGGGCUUGUGGUGUUUUCUGUAGCACUGGGUGUUACAUUAGCCAAAAUGGGAGAGAAAGGUAAACCUCUGUUGGACGUCUUCGUUAGCCUUAGUGACGCUAUCAUGAUAAUCACGAAAUGGGUUAUAUGGUUGUCGCCUUUAGGUGUCCUUUUCUUAAUCGCAGCUAAGAUCUUGGAAAUGAAAGAUUUCUCUGUUGUGGUGGGGCAGCUUGGGAUGUAUACUGUUACUGUCCUUGUGGGGUUGUUUCUCCAUGCCAUCGUCACACUGCCUGUUCUGUACAGUAUAGCCACGCGGUCUUUACCGUUUAAGUUCAUAUCGAACAUGAUGCAAGCUGUAACAACUGCCUUCGGAACAGCAUCAAGUUCAGCAACGCUACCAGUGACCUUCACCUGUCUUGAGGAUAAAAACCUAGUGGACACAAGAGUGUCGAGAUUCUGCCUACCGAUAGGAGCCACGAUCAACAUGGAUGGAACUGCGCUUUACGAGGCAGUUGCCGCCAUCUUUAUAGCGCAAGUUCGAAACGUGAGCCUGGACGCUGGGAAGAUUAUUGCGAUUAGCAUCACUUCAACAGCAGCAAGCGUUGGAGCUGCAGGAAUACCCCAGGCUGGAUUAGUUACCAUGGUGAUAGUACUGAAUGCCGUUGGUUUACCAGCAGAAGACGUGACUCUUAUCUUCUUGGUUGAUUGGUUCUUAGAUCGAUUCAGAACAGCAAUCAAUGUUCUUGGAGAUGCCAUUGGAGCAGGAAUUGUAGCUCAUCUCAGUAGGGAGGACCUCCAGAAGAUGGAUAAGGAAGUAGAUCAUCAACAACAACUUGUUUGUGCUACUGCUUUGUAAAUUAUUUGUUAGUGUAAAAAUACUGUAAUGUGGAAUUCCUUAAUUGCUCAGAACCGCCAGUGAACUAAUCUGUGAAGAAACUGUAUUGGUGUAUUUUAUAACACUAACAAAUAUUAUAAGUUUAGUAAAGGCACUAGCAGUGAUUAACUAUCAUGACAAGAAAAUUAUAAAUAUAUGAAACAUUUCCAGAGGUAAAAAUCUGUGAGAUAUUCAGCAUGCUUGUUUUCAAAAAUUAUACGUUCAGGUCAAAGGUUUUAAAGGACAUUUAUAACCAAACAACGAAAUACGUGUGAUGUUCAAAAGAAACAACAGCAAUAACAAAAUGCUACUGAAUCAAAAGUAAUCAAUGCUUUGUUAUUAUCUUAA